AGAUAAAUGAUCUUAAAAUGAUUGAUGAGCCAAUGGAAGAGGAAGAAGCAGAUUUUUGCCAUGUGAUUUCUUCUUUCUAAAAAAAAGUUGUCAAAUGAAUGGAGCAGUAGUAUAUUUGAUGGUUCAUAUUAUAUUUUAUCAGUAUGUUUUUUUCAGUGUUACAGCAUGUUGGCCCUAUGAGUUAAAAUAUGAUCACAGGUUACAGAAGAUGAAGGAAUUGUUAAAGAAAUCCCCAUUACUCAUCAUGUUAAGGAAGGCUAUGAGAAAGCAGACCCCGCACAGUUUGAGUUGCUCAAGGUUCUUGGUCAGGGUUCAUUUGGAAAGGUUUUUCUUGUUAGAAAGAAGACUGGUCCUGAUGCUGGGCAGCUUUAUGCAAUGAAGGUGUUAAAAAAAGCUUCCUUAAAAGUUCGAGACAGAGUUCGGACAAAGAUGGAGAGGGAUAUACUGGUGGAAGUAAAUCAUCCAUUUAUUGUCAAACUGCACUAUGCCUUUCAGACUGAAGGGAAGCUGUAUUUAAUAUUGGAUUUUCUCAGGGGAGGAGAUGUCUUCACAAGAUUAUCCAAAGAGGUGCUGUUUACAGAGGAAGAUGUGAAGUUCUACCUCGCAGAACUGGCCCUUGCUUUGGAUCACCUGCACCAGUUAGGAAUUGUAUAUAGAGACCUGAAGCCAGAGAACAUUUUGCUUGAUGAAAUAGGACAUAUCAAAUUAACAGAUUUUGGACUCAGCAAGGAGUCAGUAGAUCAAGAAAAGAAGGCUUACUCAUUUUGUGGUACAGUAGAAUAUAUGGCUCCUGAAGUUGUUAAUAGGAGAGGCCAUUCACAGAGUGCUGAUUGGUGGUCAUAUGGUGUACUUAUGUUUGAAAUGCUUACUGGUACUCUGCCAUUUCAAGGUAAAGACAGAAAUGAGACAAUGAAUAUGAUAUUAAAAGCAAAACUUGGAAUGCCUCAGUUUCUUAGUGCUGAAGCACAAAGUCUUCUAAGGAUGCUAUUCAAAAGGAAUCCAACAAAUAGAUUAGGUUCAGAAGGAGUUGAGGAAAUCAAAAGACAUCUUUUUUUUGCAAAUAUUGACUGGAAUAAAUUAUAUAAAAGAGAAGUUCAACCUCCUUUCAAACCCGCUUCUGGAAAACCAGAUGAUACUUUUUGUUUUGAUCCUGAGUUUACUGCAAAAACACCUAAAGAUUCUCCUGGUUUGCCAGCCAGUGCAAAUGCUCAUCAGCUCUUCAAAGGAUUUAGCUUUGUUGCAACAUCUAUUGCAGAAGAAUAUAAAAUCACUUCUAUCACAAGUGCAAAUGUAUUCCCAAUUGUUCAGAUAAAUGGAAAUGCUGCACAAUUUGGUGAAGUAUAUGAAUUGAAAGAGGAUAUUGGUGUUGGCUCGUAUUCUGUUUGCAAGCGAUGCAUACAUGCAACUACUAACGUGGAAUUUGCAGUGAAGAUCAUUGACAAAAGUAAACGAGACCCCUCAGAAGAGAUUGAAAUUUUGAUGCGCUAUGGACAACACCCCAACAUUAUUACUUUAAAAGAUGUCUUUGAUGAUGGUAGAUACGUAUACCUUGUUACAGAUUUGAUGAAAGGAGGAGAGCUACUUGACCGUAUUCUCAAACAAAAAUGUUUCUCAGAACGAGAGGCUAGUGAUGUACUCUAUGUAAUAAUUAAGACAGUUGACUAUCUUCAUUGUCAAGGAGUUGUUCAUCGUGAUCUUAAACCUAGUAAUAUUUUAUACAUGGAUGAAUCAGCCAAGGCAGAUUCAAUUAGAAUCUGUGAUUUUGGGUUCGCAAAACAACUUCGAGGAGAAAAUGGACUUCUCUUAACUCCAUGCUACACUGCAAACUUUGUAGCACCUGAGGUUCUUAUGCAACAGGGAUAUGAUGCUGCUUGUGAUAUUUGGAGUUUAGGAGUCCUUUUUUACACAAUGUUGGCUGGCUAUACUCCAUUUGCUAAUGGCCCCAAUGAUACUCCUGAAGAGAUACUACUGCGUAUAGGCAAUGGGAAGUUCUCUUUGAGUGGUGGAAACUGGGACAAUAUUUCAGAUGGAGCAAAGGAUUUGCUUUCCCAUAUGCUUCAUAUGGACCCACAUCAGCGGUACACUACUGAACAAGUAUUAAAGCACUCAUGGAUAAUCCACAGAGACGAGUUGUCAAAUGAUGAGCCAAAGAGAAAUGAUGCAUCACAUGUCAUUAAGGGAGCAGUAAUUGCCACAUAUUCUGCCCUGACUCAGAAGACCCUUCAGCCAGUCCUAGAGCCUGUUGCUGCUUCAAGCUUAGCUCAACGACGGAGCAUGAAAAAGAGAACGUCAACUGGCCUAUAAGAUUUGCCGUGUUCCUUGGCAAAACUGGAUGGAAAGAAAAUUUAAUGUGUGGCAUUUUGCCUAAUCUUAUAUCAAAGACAUUGUUUUCUACUACAUUACUUGAAUAUUAUGUUUAAGUCCCCAUUUUGGGGGGGAGUGAGAUUAAAAAAAUAAAUGCACAGGUCCGCGAUGUUCAUACUAUGUUGUUUUGCAGUAGUGUCUAAGUGUUUAUUUAGGCAUAUAUUUGGUGUCCACAAGGUUCUAACAACUUCUCUGCACACUAAUUUCUAAUUUCUUUUUUUCAAAUGAAGUUACUUUAACAAUUU